CCUCCUCAACGCAUUGUGCGAAAGCUGUUGCUCCAGUUCGUUUAGGCGAAUGAGUUGGGAAAAGUAAAUACCUGUAGUUUCCUUUGCGAGUCAGUGGUAUAAUGCCAGGAUAAUCCCUACUUGGUAACGACUCGCAUGUUGCGGGUGCCCGCUAAACCCGUGUUUACCUUACCAGGAGUGACAGGACCUGUGCGGGAGGCCCUGGCUGGUGCUCCCCUCCGCUGUGAAAGGUGCUGACACUGGCACUAAUCGCCCUUUACCGAUAGAUGUAUCACAGACCCAUAAGGAUUAGGGGCAUUGUACACUAUGGCAGCGACUUUGCCUUCAGAUGCUAAGCAGCACGAGGCCCAGCAGGCGGCAGACCAAGCCCCUGCACCGGAGCCAGCCCCCGCCAAGAGGACCGCGAGGAGGCAGUGGAGCAUUCAGGAAGGACCUCGGGGAAUUUUGCGUCGGAUGAGGAGCCAGUUAGCAGAAGAUGGCUGUCCAGAGUCUCAGCUGAUAAUUGGAAAAACUCUUUUAGAACAAAUCAGUGAUGAGAAUGAGAUUGAUGAAGAAGGAGCGAGACUUGCUGUGUACUGGUUGAGUCGUGCAUCCUUCCAGGGAAACACUGAAGCCACAAGACUCUUACAGGACUGUAUGGAUAAAAAUGUUGGGAUUUGUGAACACAACUAUCAUGAAGUCCGUGAAUGUCUUGCAAUGGAUCAGCAAGAAAAGUUGGCUAGAAGGGCCGCCCGCAUGCUUUUCACCAGUGUGAGUGAUGGAAAUGACUUCAUCACCAGCAGCAGACUUGGUGUGAAGAUGCAAGAAGUUUUAGCAGGAACUGAACAACCUGAUGAUUCUGGGGACUCACAACCUGUAGACAGCAACAGUGACUUGGAAGAGCGAUAUGGAGGAGAGAGAUUUAGUGAAGAGCACCUAGUGUCUGCUGCUGUAAUAUACUGCAGUGGCCGAGUUCCUCCCAUUCAUCAUUUCAUGAAUCAAGUCUCACAAAAUGCGCAUUCACACCAGAUUCUUAAUGGUUUACUUUUGCCAAUGAGAAUCUUGAAAAAAGUUUACCAGAGUUGUUUACAGUUUCUUGGUGUUACAUUUACAAAUUACGUGAAGUAUCUGUUGAAUAUCUUGACACCAUUUACUAGUACACUUAUUGUAUGUCUAAUAUCAGGUUUGAUAUCAUUAGUAGGUGUCAACAGAGCAUUUUCAGCAUUCCCUAUUUUUAUAUCUUGUAUAUCCUUGUUGGUAAUGAUGGUGGCCACAGCACAUUUACUACUGAAUAGAAAACACUUUGACAGCUUUCAUUCAUGGUCUAUCCUUUUCUCACAUUACUGUCCAGAACUUGACAUUGAACAUGCUGAAGGUAAAUUCAAAGCAAGAUGUUGGAAACCAUAUGUUGCUCUUUUUUUAUCAGUAGUUAUAUAUUUAGGAACUGUUCCAUUAGUGUCACCUAAGCUUGUGAUUUGCUUUUUGCCUGUGAUGUAUAUUUUCACAAUUUUAACAUUAUUCUUAGUUCCAGAAAAGUUAAAGGUCUGGCAAUUUAUAUCUCUGAGUAUAUAUGUUAUGGCAGUGACUCCAAGUGUGCAUGAAAGUGUCAGCCAGUGGCUAUUUACCCUUGCAAAAGGAACUGGUGCAGAAGAGUUACUAGUUGAACAGCAUAUUGACAUUGGAUGGCAUGUAAAAUUGCAUUUAGGUAUUGGACCAUUCCUGCAUCUCAUGUGGUGUAACUUGCAAAUACUCAUAUGUGUUACUAAUAAACUAAGUGUGCUUCCACCUCAUCUUGUUACUAUUACAUGGUGCCACUUGGCAGUAAUGGCUUCUUACAAGAUAGCAGAACCAUCCAACCUUUUAUAUCCUUUAGCUGCAUGGUCACUGAUAAUGAUGUUGCCAAGUAUAGCUUCUCUCUUCUUUCUUUUUGGGCCCGGACUAAUGUUUGCUUAUGUAUGUCUUCAUGUAGGGAUCGAUGGUCAGUUAGCACUCUUUGUAUUCGGAGCUUGCAUCGUUACCACUUGCAUUCUGAAAUUAUGGUUUCCCAAACUUUUAAUUUUUGUCAAGCUAAUCAUAACUAUUGGGACUGUAAUUGCUAUUUUACAUCCAGAUCUGAUUUUGGCAGUUCCAAAGGCAGUUUAUUCAAAUUUACAAUGGGAGAGUUACAGAAAUGUUUGUGUACCUUCAAAAGAUUCAGCAGCUCUUACUGUUCAUGGUUGUCUUCCUUUACAGGGAGUCUUUGUAAAAUGGCACGGAUCAGUGUCAGCAGUGAACAUUGUUAGUGUGUUCAAUUUACCCGAAAUGGCCUUAUCAGUUCUUCCUUAUGUUCUUCGGAAACCCUUAAGGUGUUAUUUUGGUAAAACGUUAUCCCAGUGUCCAUCAUCCAAAGAAAAGACCUUACAGAUUGAACGAUGCCACAUGAUUCAUUCCGUUUUAGGAGCAGAUGCUUGCACUCUAGACAGCUGGAACGAAUACACGUUUGAAGUUACGGUAGCAAUGAGUUCCUCGGUGUGGAAAUUUGGAGCUGAAGGAUCACAAGUGACUUUGCAUGCAGAUAAUGCUUUUCAAAAAUUCUUAUUAGGACUACAAAUGGAUGAUGAAAUUGAGUUUAUAGGUUCUCUGUCAAAUGGUAUCGGUACUUCCCAACCAAGUUUACAUAUGACAUCAAUUUCCUGUAUAAACUGUAAAGUAAAACUGCCGUCUGUAAAGAAAAUUUAUUUUCAUAUUGACUUUGAUGUAUGGGUUAUUCCAGCCUUCAUUUUUAACUUCUUCAUGGGACCAACGCUUACUAUCUAAUUUGUGUGUGUGUGUGUGUGCGUGCGUGCGUGCGUGC